AUGCGAUUCUAGCCCCCAUUCGUCAUUACCAAGCAAUAUGUUGCGUGACGUUUGGCCGACAAAGAUGUGCAAUUUACUCUGCGGUAGAUAUAUAGCGCCUAGACCGCGACAACAUCACCACCCGACGGUGAUCCAUAUCAAAGAAGCUCCCAAUUGAAAGUGUAAGAGCAAGGAAACCCGGAGAUAGUACGACUCGACGAUUUGAAGUUUGCAAGCCAAGAUGCCGAACAUGAAAGAAGCGAUCAUCGCCAAAGGCCUCAAGACCACAAUCCAGGAUGUCGCCAUCCCUGAGCCGCAACCCGACCAGGUCAUCAUCCAAGUCGUAGUCUCUGGCUCCAACCCCAAGGACUGGAAGAUCCCCGAACUCGUCCCUGACUACAACGCCAACAGCGGCGACGACAUUGCCGGCAUCGUGCACAGCGUGGGUUCAAAUGUAUGGGAAUUCAAGAAGGGCGAUCGCGUAGCGAGUUUCCACGAGAUGAUGACGCCUGGAGGCAGUUUUGCAGAGUAUGCGGUUGGCUGGCAGCACACUACUUUCCACCUGCCCAAGGAGUUGAGCUUCGAAGAUGCUGCGACCAUCCCCCUCGCAGCCAUGACAGCAGCCCUAGGCAUGCACCAACGCCUCGGACUUCCCGGCCCCUGGACCCCCGCAACAGAGCCUACACCCCUCGUUGUCUAUGGCGGCGCAGCAGCAGUCGGCGCGUAUGCAAUCAAACUUGCUGUUCUGGCCAACAUCCACCCCAUCAUCGCAGUCGCCGGACGUGGCGAGAAGUUCGUUGAGGGAUUGAUCGACCGCAGCAAAGGCGACACCAUUGUCGACUACCGCAAGGGCAACGAGGCAGUUGUCCAAGGCAUCAAGGAUGCGCUGAAGGGGCAGAAACUGUGGCACGCGUUCGACGCCACAUCCGAACAUGGGAGCUACACCAACAUUGUGCAAGUGCUGGAGCCGACGGGCCAUUUGACUGUGGUGCUGCCGGGCAAGAAGUACGAGGGCGUGCCCGAGAGCGUCAAGCUCACAACGACGAAUGUCGGUGCAAGCCACAAGGACGACAAGGAUUACGCGUACAUCAUGUUCAGGUACUUUGCUAGGGGACUGGCGGAGGGCUUCUUCAAGCCGCACCCAUACGAGGUCAUUCCUGGUGGACUCGAGGGCGUGCAGAAGGGGUUGGAGAACCUGAGGGAUGGAAAGGCGAGUGGUGUGAAGUACGUGUUUAGGAUUGGAGAGACGAAGGGUGUUAAGAGCGCCUUGUAGAGAAGGUCGUCCACUUUACGCGAAGAAACUGGUUUGU